AAAAUAGCGCACACGGGAGCAGGGAAACGGAGCAAGGGGAGGAGGAGGGGGAUACGCUUGGAAUUGCAGUUUGACGGCGUCGUCGAAAAGUUUCACACAAAGAAUGGACCAGCAGCCGGUAGUGACCAGGAGACAAACUUUCAAGGAUUUGAUGGAGGACAAUCUGCUCAGGCGGUCAAUGCGCAGAGGAUUAAGGCUUCUCUUCUUUCGCAUGGCAAGACGAUAAGGAAUCAACGUUUUUCAUACGGAUUUGGAUCUAGCUUGAAGGAGCUGAGUGAGCAUAUUUUGGGGUCACAAAGGAAAUGGGGAGAAAAGUAGAAAUAAUUGGGGAAUUGACUGCUUCAUCCUGGCAAAAGUGAACUCGCCUUUGUUCGGAUAUAGCAAAGAAUAUAUUGCGUUCUCUACUGUGCUGCUGCAUGCGUUUAAAUCAUGACAUCGAGGACAGUUAGAUGAAUGAAUUAAUACAGAAUACUCUGGAUGAUGUCAGGGCUUUGUUUAGGCAUGUCAACUGCUCGAAAAAUGUUUGGAUAGGUUUUAUGUUCAUGGAAUUUUAGUAUGAAGAUGUAUUUCACUUAAGAUGGUCAGUCUGCGUUUUGGACGAUGUAACUCUUGAUUGAACUUUUCCUCCGUUUCUUUGAGGGGUCCGGGAUUGUAUAGCUUUAAAUUGGCCCAUAAAGUAAUAUCGAUCAAACAUAUGGCAAACCAGCCAUAUUUUCACCACUAAACUAUAGACGGAUGAUGUGGCCCUGAUCUGUUAUAACUGGUUUACUUGGACCGAACAAUUGCUAUAUUUGACCUACAUGUGACGUGGAUCAGACUGUCUUUGAUGGCGUUUUUUAUCCUUCAGAGAGAUUUUGAUCGUUACACUUCCAUUCCACACUUUCGGUGCGCAAAAACUGGACAGUGCAAUUUGGUGGAAAGAGUGUUCUCCAGGUCUGUUGUUUAUCGUCCACAACUGGACAACCACGAUAAACCAGUGGCCACCACCGGGACAGGCAUCUCAACUGAGUGCCUGACGCACGACCAAGACCACUCUGAAAACUAUUAUUUGUUUCUGGAUUUCAUAUAAAACCCUGGAAUCUACCUUAAUUCUCCUCUAAACGGAGAAGACCACAUCCUGUAUCGUAUGCCUGCGCGACUGUGACCAGGCAUGCAGCUGAAUCGACCAAAGAGCGCUCUAAUCAGCUUCACCCCACCGCUGCUACCCUCAGAGACACCACAUUCCUUCUCCAGUCAGUUCAAAACAAUGCGGUUUUCAUACCACAUCAGCAGCGGUUUGCAGAGUCCUCAGCCGGCCCUGCGACGGAUAGGCCCCUCUUCCUCUAGUCCUCGGCUCCUGACCAAGAGCCUCUCCCUGGAGCCUGGCACUGGUCCUUGCCUCGAGGCCCAUGAGACUCCCCAGCGGCUCUCCUCCGACCCGGGCCCCCUGGGCACCCAGCACCAGUGCAAUGGCACCAGCCCCAGCCCCAGCCACAGUGAGAACGGAGCCCAGGAGACACCCCCCAUGGCCCCCAAGACGCGGCCGCCGCUGCCUGGUCCAAAACCACAAGUGCCCCCAAAGCCACCUCAUCUGCAGCAGCAGAGUGGGGGCUCGCGUCGACCUCGGCCCCCAGACAAACCACUGCCCCCGCCCCCACCCUGCCGGCCCCUCCCGGCCCCCCCCCCCCCCCCCAAACCCCCUACCCCUCCUCGGGCCGAGGGGACCUCGUCCCCCUCCUGUGUCCACUCUCUCAUCGAGAAAUUCGAGAGAGAGCAAAUCAUCAUGGUUCCCGACAUCAUGGGAGGGAUGUGCCUCCCCAGGCUCUCCGACGCAGGAAGUGGAGCCAACACCCCCCCAACCUCAGACUCCCCCGUCCCCUUGCCCUACCCCCUCCCUCAAGACGCCCUGGACACACCACUGUCUUCCGCAGAGAGGGAGCUGGAGCAGAUGGAGGAGAGGCAGAAAAGGGAGCACGAUGAUGAUGAAGAAGAAGAGGAGGAGGAGGUGGUGUUGCUUGGUGACAACGAGGAAGAGGAAGAGAGCGAAGAGUUGGGAGCUUCCUGCUCGGAGAAGCGCCUCUCCAUGGAGUCGGGUUACAGCGCCUCCGACAAGGACGCCGUGGAGAUGAGGGACCUGAUCGCCGGCGGCCAAUCGGAUGUGCCGUCUGACCGCUUGUCCCUCCCCGCGCAGCAGACGGACGGCAAGCUAGCCAACCGGGACAGCGGCAUCGACAGCAUCAGCUCGCCGUCCCACAGCGAGGAGCUGUGCUUCGCCGGCGACGACGAGCGGGUCGUGGGAUCGCUCCACGACCGGGAGAUCUACCCCGGCAGUCCCCUGCCGGCUCUCCCUCGCCUCUCCUCCUCGUCCUCCUGCGGUUAUGUGGAAGGACCCGGGGAGGAGGGAGAGGGAGGAGGAGGAGGAGGAGGUGCAGCAGCAGGCGGGGGAGGAGGGACGCGGGACUCAGAAGGGGACAGCGAUCUGGAGGAGGGCAGCGGGGACGAGAGCGAGAUCAACCCCAUGGCCCUGCAGCCUCUGGCCCUGGUCAAGACGGAGAGGCAGGACUCCACCGAGUUGUCGGUGCAGCAGCGGGUGUUCAACAUAGCUAACGAGCUGCUGCUGACGGAGAAGGCGUACGUGGCGCGUCUGCACCUCCUGGACCAGGUCUUCUGUGCCCAGCUGAUGGAAGAGGCGCGGGCCCGGAGCUCCUUCCCCUGCGAGGUGGUCAUGGGCAUCUUCUCCAAUAUCUGCUCCAUCUACUGCUUCCACCAGCAGUUCCUGCUGCCCGCGCUCGAGAAGCGCAUGGAGGAGUGGGAGCAAAGUCCUCGUAUAGGGGACAUCUUGCAGAAGCUUGCUCCCUUCCUGAAGAUGUACGGCGAGUAUGUGAAAAAUUUCGACCGAGCCAUGGAGCUGGUGAACACCUGGAUGGAGCGCUCAUCACAGUUUAAGACCAUCAUUCACGACAUUCAGAAGGAGGAGCGGUGCGGUAACCUGACCCUGCAGCACCACAUGCUGGAGCCGGUGCAGCGCAUCCCCCGCUACGAGCUGCUGCUCAAGGACUACCUACACCGGCUCCCAGAGGACGCCCACGACUUCAAAGACGCACAGAAGUCGCUGGAGCUGAUCGCCACAGCUGCGGAGCACUCCAACGCAGCCAUCAGGAAGAUGGAGCGCAUGCGAAAGCUGUUGAAGGUGUACGAGUUGCUGGGAGGGGAAGAGGAUAUCGUUAACCCCACUAACGAGCUCAUCAAGGAGGGACACAUCCUCAAACUCUCGGCCAAAAAUGGAACCUCGCAGGAUAGAUACCUCAUACUGUUCAAUGACAGGUUGUUGUACUGUGUUCCAAAGCUGCGACUUAUUGGUCAGAAGUACGGCGUCAGAGCUCGGAUAGAUGUGGAUGGCAUGGAGCUCAAGGAGACCAGCAGCAUCAACGUCCCACGGACAUUCCUCGUGUCGGGCAAGCAGCGCUCGCUGGAGCUUCAGGCCAGGACCGAAGAGGAGAAGAAGGACUGGAUUCAGGCUAUCCAGGCCACCAUCCAGAGGCAUGAGCAGACCCUGGAGACAUUCCGUAUGCUCAACUGCUCCUUCCGCGAGGAAGACUACACUCCUCCCAACUCUCCGAACUGCACGGAGCUGGGCAAGCGUGCCCCGACACCUAUCCGAGAGAAGGAGGUGACGCUGUGCAUGAAGUGUCAAGAGCCCUUCAACUCCAUCACCAAGAGGCGCCACCACUGCAAAGCCUGUGGACACGUGGUGUGUGGAAAGUGCUCGGAGUUCCGCGCCCGCCUCUUGUACGACAACAACCGGGCGAACCGUGUGUGCGUGGACUGCUACACCACACUGGUGGGGGUGCCCCCCUCCCCAGCCAGCCUCAGCAGUAGCUCACAGAGACGCCGUUCCAUCCUGGAGAAACAAGCCUCGGUGGCAGCGGAAAACAGCAUCCUCUGCAGUUUCCUGCAGCACAUGGAGAAGGGAGGGGGCCGCGGCUGGCAGAAGGCCUGGUUCGUCAUCCCAGAGAACGAGCCUCUGGUGCUCUACAUCUACGGAGCGCCACAGGACGUAAAGGCCCAGCGCAGCGUGCCCCUGAUCGGGUUCGAGGUGUCCCUCCCGGAGCCAUGUGACCGGCUGGAGCGUCGGCACGCCUUCAAGAUGAGCCAGAGCCACCUGACCCUCUUCUUCAGCGCUGACAGUGAGGAGCUGCAGCGCCGCUGGAUGGAGGUCCUAUCACGCGCUGGCAAGGGGGAGGACUUACAGGCCCACGGGCCAAUCACGGAGGCCCUGGAGGAGGAAGGGGAGGAGUUAGCCCAUGUGGCAGAAAGCACAUGAUUUGUCUAUAAAACCACAACAGCCGCAAACAAAACAAUCCAACAGAUCCUAUCACGGAUAUCAUUCCCCUUUUGCACACACACUCGGAACUGUACAAAACACACACACACACACACACACACACACACACACACACACACACACACACACACACACACACACACACACACACACACACACGUGUACAUGAACAGCGAAAAACCACAGACACACCCUUCCAGACAUAUACAGGCGCAUGCCAAUACAAGCACACACACACACACACACACACAGACAAACUCUCUCGCACACACAUACGCCCUCACUUCUCUAUAUUAUGUGUCAGCUGUCAGUUGCAUGCAAUAUUUACAGGUCCGUUUCUCUGUGUAUUGCUCAUCUUGUGAGUGACCAGUGUUUGCAAUCCUGCCAAAGUGUGUACACCCUCGAGCCAGAGCGUGCCAGAGACACUUGACUGUAUGCACUUCUAUUACUGAAUAGAAACCCACCCUAUCGCUCUCUCUCUCUCUCACACUCCUCUCCUCUGGCUAACCACAUUUUCUCCUCUGAUGUUCAGUUGCAACACCCAACUCGCUCUUUCUGCCAAAACGUUGCUGUGUACUGUACGUACGUUGUUUGUUCAAAAUGAGUGCGGUCUGUUUGGGGUGGAGUGUUUGUAACUGUGUUCUUGCUGGCAGAAGGAAUCGUGAUGUUUCUUUAAAAAAUCUUCGGGGGCCGUGACAGUUCUGUUAUGUCAUUAAGUGUGUGUUCUACAUGGGGAAAGGCGUGGUUAAGUUCAGUUUGAGGGAUACGGCGUGUGUGUGUGUUUCAAGACAGGAAUGAGGAUGAUCAAGGAGAUGCCACUGUUAGCCUCCAUGCUGAUCUCAGGUCAGCUUGCACAAAUAAAUAUAGAGACUGCAGUGCGUGUGUGAGCCAAUGAUGGGCAAAUGGUGCAAAAAGGGUUUUAAAAGACGUUAUUCACGUUAUUUUUCAAGAAAGAGGUUAUAAUUGUACAUGUAAUCUGGCAAUACAUUAGUUUACUGCCCCGUUGAAGGUUUGUUCACAAUGGUGUUUCGACAAGCAUACAUAAUAGUCACUUUAAAGGCUGUUUAAAGAAAAACAGAACAAGAUGUCUACAGUUAAUUUAUUGAAUACCAUUUGUGGAAACAUCCUGUGGUCUAGGGUAUCUACCAGGUCUGGGCUGGGAUUAAAAAAAAGGCAUGGGCGUUUUUGCAUGGCCCCUUGUAGGCCCACCGGGAAAUGCGCUGCAUGCCAGAUUACCAGUCCAGGCCUGGUAUCUCCCACUGGUGCUGUGUAGAGAGAGCUUCAAGACCAACCAAUCAAGCAAAUCAGCCACUUAUAACGAUCUUAUAAUUUGUUAUAAUGGGCAGCGUCUCUUUAGUGCCUGUCCAGGGUCUGUUUGAUGCAGGCUCAAGAGCGCUAAUGUGGUCGCUCAGCAGCACUGUGGAGGGGAUUUGCUCUCUUUUUUUUUACUAUGACGAUGAAAUCCUAUUUUACUAAACAGCCCCUCUGCCAUCUAGUGGAGAAGGACUGUAAUUGCAGCCUCUUAGUAAGGCUGACUGUCCCCUUCUCAGUCAUAUCGAAGAAGAGAUAUAUCCUUCCAAAACAAUAAUAAUAUUAAUAAUAAUUAAAAAAAAUAGGAAAAAGUUGCUCUUAAAUAUCUCUUGUUCCAUAUAUAUAAUAAAUAUAUAUAGAUUGUGACUGAUUCUAUAGCUUUUCAGAAGUAUACCCUUUGAAGCUCAUGUUUUUUUAAACUUGAGUACGUCAUUUUUGUGAAAUUGUGCAUGGAAGUCAGUAAGCGACAAGGAAGGCUCUUUUUUUCUGGUAUUUGAUAAAGACUGUAGAUAAUGAGAGUGAAUUUGUAGCAAGAUGAUUUUAAAAAAGGUCUGAAAAUAAGGCAGAUUUGUAUCCUCGUAACAUCAGUGGCAAUGCCUUAUGAAGCAUUUUGAUAAAUAAUAGAGAAAGUAUAUAUGAAGAAACACUUGGCAGAUGUUAUGACUGAAAUAUUGAGUGUUUUGAAUAGCAGUGUUUUUUUUCUUUAUGCGAAAUACAAAAGGUUAUCGGCACCUGCAUUUGUAUAUAUAAUUUAUUCUCCUCAAAAGCCCAGUUUUGUGGGUCUGGUAUCGUUGAGAAAGCGUGGUGUUUUUCUGUCAUUUGUGGUCAGAUUUGGACUCCUUUGGAUCAAUGUGGUGGAUAUAUUGCCUAUGCCAAUGGCAAAGACUUCAGCUCUUAUGUAUAUGCUUCCUGACACAAGUACUCGGCAUAAAAGAGUAAAAGAAACAAUCGUUUUAUUUUCUUCUUUUUUUGGUUGUUUUUCGUUUUUAUUUUAUUUCUCACCAACACAUUGUACCUGUGAAAUGACUUCUGCAUUUUUUUCUGGUAUCAUUUUGGUCCUGCUUCCUUCUUUCCUGUCCUGUUUAUUUCUCUAUUCAAAAACAGACCCAAUCUUAGUCAGAAGCCGAAGGGUUGUUUAUAUACAGUUCAGCAUCUUGUGUCAGCUUUUUGUUCUUUUCUUUCCUUUCCAUGUGAAGAAAGAAAAUAGAGAAUACACAUAUGUAAUUCAAGUGGUAAAAAAAAAUAAGUAUAUGGGACAAAUGUCAACCAGUUCCAGAUGUAUUGACAUCAUGUAGUGCUGAUUAAGUAUUUGUUGUGAGAGAAAAAUAGAAAACGACACUUGUCAUUUGAUCAUUCCGCUUUUAAAAAAAGAUAAGAAUGAUCUUUGUAUGUAUCUGCUGUAUGUUUCUACCCUUAGCAUUAUCACUAUUGAAUCAUGCCUUACAGUACUUGUCAUUUAGCGUCUCCAUCUUCUUUAUUUUUGACCUCUGCUUUUGCCAAAGUAUACUGCGGGAACACAACUGAGUCAUCGUUUGAGUCAUUCAGUACAUUUCUGUCGAUUUGUGUUUAUCUAUGUGUGUGUGGUUUUUUUAUUUUUAUACCUUGUAUUUAUUGUCAUUUUUCUUUUUUUAAAAUUCCAGUUGGAAACGCAUUAGGCCGAAACACAAACAUGUGGCUUAAUGAAAGCAAGUAGAAUCUGUUCAUGUCCAGAUUAAAUAUUCUGUAUCCCUAAUUUAAUUUAGUGCAUGAUUUUUUGCUUGUGUUUUUUUUCUUGUUUUCCCAUCAUUACUUGGUUUUAGUCAGAUUAUUCACACUCUAUCGAGUACACAAGGCUACCCUGAUGCCUUGGUUACAUGUUCAUGAUAUCUUAGGACACUAAUCUUUUCUUUAUUUUUCUUUAUGUUACAGCUGAAGCACAAGCUCAUCUUGAGAACAAACACUUGCAAUGAUUUUAGGGCACUUCAGUGUAGGACACUUCCGAUGUCACACUAUUUCUGAUGUCUUGACACAUUUGAGUUGCAUUUUUAAAAACGCUUAUUUUGAACUCAGCAGGGCCUCUUUGCAGUACUCUUUUAGUAGGUUAAGCCUACAGUGAACAUUACCAGACUGUUGCAGUGUCAAGGGAUCAGCUGUAAAACAAUGUUGUGUUUUUAGUAGUUACUGUACAUUUAUUUCAAGACAAGAUGGGCUCAGUCUUACUAAACCACUGCAGAUGUGAAGCACCAUCAAAGGAUUACAAUGUAGACCUGUGUAAAAUAAAACAAAAUCUGUGGUUCUGUU